UGGGCGGAGAGAGAGAGAGAGAGAGAGCAGAUGUAAUCCAGUCCUCAGUUGUUUUUAAAGGUAGGCUAUUUAGAAGAAGAAAAACCACACCAACACACUGCAUGUUACGGUGUUUCUGAUGUCUCCUGCUGCCGGCUGUCAGCUGCUCUGAUGCGGGCAAGCAGCAUCCUCCUCUCUCGGGCAUCCUGAAGAAGUGCAUGAGGAGGGACGGUGGCCGACAGGGAGGGGUCCUUUGAUAUCAGGGCUGCCUCCUCAUAGAUGGAGCCUGGCUGUGUGCAGGCAGCGAUGGCCAUGGGAGAUGUCUCGAAAAAAGCAUCGACUCGGAACGUCGCGGUGGAGAGAAAAAACCUCAUCACCGUGUGCAGGUUUUCCGUGAAGACGCUGUUGGAGAAAUACACAGCCGAGCCCAUCGAUGAUUCAUCUGAGGAGUUCAUCAAUUUCGCAUCCAUCCUUGAACACAUCCUCAGUCAUCGCUUUAAAGGCUCAGGCAGCUGGUUCGAUGGUCAGAGGAGUUUCUGGGACUACAUCCGUGUGGCAUGUGCUAAAGUCCCAAACAGCUGCAUCAGCAGCAUCGAGAGCAUGGAGAACAUCAGCAGCUCACGAGCCAAGGGACGAGCCUGGAUGAGAGUAGCUCUGAUGGAGAAGAGGCUGUCUGAAUACAUCGCUACUGCUCUGAGGGACAGCAGAACGACCAGGAGGUUCUAUGCAGAAGGAGCCAUUGUUUUAAGAGAGGAAGCCACGGUACUAACAGGGAUGCUCAUAGGUCUUGGAGCCAUAGACUUUAGUUUCUGUCUGAAAGGAGAGGCCUUUGAUGGGAAAUCAUCUGCUGUGAUUGACUUCACACCAUACUUGAAAUUCACACAAAGUUAUGAUUAUCUGAGUGAUGAUGAUGAUAGACGGAGUGUUGACAGCAGCACAAGUGAUGACAGUGUACCAGAGCAUCCUUACGUCCCCCUGGUCACUGAUGAGGAGAGCUGGAGCACAAAGUGUCGCAAGAUGGAGCAAAGGUUCAAGAUCGUCAACGCCCAAAAGGGUUACCUGGAGGAGCUUGUGCGGCUGCGUGAGUCCCAGCUCAAGAACACAGAAACAGAGAACAAGAAGCUAAAGGCCCGACUGGAGGAGCUACAGAGCCACAGCCAGCUGGAGAAAAAAGACCUGGAGGCCAUAGUGCUUGAGCUUCAGGAGCAACUAACCAGCUUGAUUCCUUGUGACUCCACCCAUCUGGCCAAAAACCUUCCAAUCCCUUUGGUCAACCAGUGGCCAACGCUGCAAGCUUACAACAGCCAAGACGACAUCAAGCUGUUCCGCAGGAGGAGUUUCCCCAGCACAGAGCUGCUGUCGGUGGAGAUCAGCCUUGAUUCAGACUCCCAGAGGAUGGAAGGGAAACAGAAUGGAGGAGCCUGGUGUACAGAAAAGGACUACACUCCCUCCAUGAUGGGCCUCUGUGGGUCUUUGGCCUCCCUCCGUAGCUGCAAGUCUCUCGCCAGCCUCAAGUCCAGCGAGUGCCUGGUUAACAUCAGCACAGAGAACAGUCCUGCCCUGUCGCCCAGCUAGGGGGCGCCAAAGAAACACUGCCAACCACCUUGCAGAGACAAUUCAACAUGAAUACAGAAAAGACUACUUAUGGUAGGCGCCUUCUAGUGGUCCUUUUGUGAUUUCCUUUACGCUCUGAGCCCUGCACUCUCAACUUACACAAUUUUUAGAGUUUGUGAAAGAGGAAUCUCCAUGUCUGGGACUGUUCAACAAAGAUGCAGGAAAAGCUGCUGUACUGCCUGUCGGCCUCCGUCAGUUUCACCGUCUUUCAUUGUCUUGACAUUAUUAAGCCUCCUGAAAUCCAACCAACUGGUUCAAGUUUGAUCUCCCAUAAGUCACAAUGCUUGUUUUGUGCAAUUACAGUCAUGUAUAUGUACCGGCAAACUCAUUGUAGGGUUGUUUUGUAUGUACUUGUCCAUUUGUCCGUCUUAUCAGUCUGUAAGUGUAUCUUGUUCUGCCUGCUGCAUAAAACUGGCAGUGCAAAAUGGUUGAGCUGUUAUAACCUAUUGCAAACAAAAACAAAGUUUUGCCAUAUUAUAAUACACUACUAUAAGAAAGGAUAUGAAAAGGAGUGGCCAGACAGUUUUAUGAUGGAGAUUAUUUAAGCAUUAACAGAUAGAGGAUGAAUUAGGUUCGGGCCUCAUUCAGUCAUCAAGUAGAGUAGAUACAGAGUUUAGGAUGUGAAAUAAAAGACCUGUCAAGCCACCAAGGUUUGCACAGUCAAUGUGAACAUAAAAAACAGACAUAAUAUCUAUUGCAUACAAAUGCAACUUGCAUUGGGACUAUGCAGAAUGAAUGUUUUCAUUGUCUUUUUCUACAGACCUUGCUUGAUAGAGUAGUUUGAACGGGACAGAAAUAGUGAAUGUGAAACUUGGGGUAUGUCUUAAAUUUAUUUAUUUCUGUUUUCUUAUGAUCUGUUCUUUUUAUAUUAUAAUUGAUUUCUCAACAGAUUUAAUUAUGUUAUUUAACAUCAUGUAAAUUACAAUCUCAUACAGUGUUGAGAGUUGAAAUACAUUGUGUUAUUUAAGAUUGCAAUAAAUUUGCCUUUUUUUGGAAACGUUAA